UUCUUGGCUGACCGAACAACGACCCUCCGCUUCGAUGACUACAGCUCGCAGGAGGCAUACCCCGUCCCCACUGGCGUCCCUCAAGGCUCUCCGCUAAGUGUCAUCCUAUAUCUCAUCUAUAGCGCGGGCUUGCUGCGGACGGGAGACGGCAUCAUGGGCAGGGCGGACAUGACCCUCGGCUACAUCGACGACACCGCCUAUGUCGUAGUCGGUGACUCGGUGCACGAG